AUGGACGAGAGUGAGCGACCGAGAAAGCUACAGAAGACGGCGCACGAGAUGACGAGCCCCGCGCCAGAGGAACUAGUUUCCACUGCGAAUUCUGUUUCCAUCCCAGAUGAAAUAACAGCAGAGGACCCUGGGGCGACCCAAAGCAAUGGCGCUCCCAACAUUACCCUCCAAUCCAUACCGGAGAUAGACGAAAAUGGCCAGCCGCUCUCGAAAAACCAACGAAAAAAACUUUUGAAACGCGAAAGAUGGGAAGCUGGAAAAGAAUGGCGCAAGGAGAAGCGCAAGGAAAAGAUUACUGCAAAACGGGAGCGUCAGCGCGCUGCAAAAGCGCAAGCUGCUGCGCGGGAUGAACUCGAUCCGAAGGAUACGAGCCUGAUGUCGCGGACGGAGCGGAAGAAAGUCGAACAGCAACGAUCCAUCCUCCUCCCGAUAACGUUUGUGGUCGAUUGCAACUUUGACGAUCUCAUGAUUGACAAGGAGCGAGUAUCACUAGGUUCUCAGAUUACGCGCUCGUACUCCGAUAAUGCGAAAGCGCCGUUCAGAGGGCACAUGUUCUUUUCGUCCUUUGAUAAACUCCUGAAGGAGAGAUUCGAUACUGUGCUUGGGAAGCAAUAUACACGGUGGAGGGCUACUUUUAUGCAAGAGGAUUACGUGGUUGCGGCUGAAAAGGCCAAGGCGCAAAUGCGCAAGCCCACGGGGGGGAAGAUGAUGGGGAUAUUUACUGGUAAGGACGGGGUUGUCGGUCCGGACGACGGGGAGGUCAUUUAUCUCAGCAGCGACAGCCCGAAUACGUUGACGGAGCUGAAGCCAUAUAGCACAUAUAUCAUUGGCGGGCUAGUUGAUAAGAACCGGCACAAGGGGGUUUGUUACAAGAGCGCGAUGGAGAAGGGGAUCAAGACGGCGAAACUGCCCAUUGGCGAUUAUAUGCAGAUGCAAAGCCGGUAUGUGCUCGCUACGAACCACGUUAUUGAGAUUAUGAUUAGGUGGCUUGAGUUGGGAGAUUGGGGGAAAGCGUUUUGUAUGGUUUUGCCGAAGAGGAAGGGUGGAGUUUUGAAGGACAAGCCUGGUGAGGGAGAGAAUCAGGAAGAGAAUAAGGGAGCUGAUGAUGGUGACGAUGCGGUUACCAAAGGUGAUACUCCAGCAUCUAAAGCUAUGGAUCAGGAAGCUAGGAGUUGUUCAUAA